CAUGCACUAAUAAUGUAAUAAUUUAUUGAAAUUAAAGGAUGCUACAUUAUGCUCGUUUUUCGUUAAUACUAAUAUAUGAUUAGAAAGAAAUAUUGCAAAUAAUGAAUUUAAUGUCCAAAUAAAAAUUAAAAAAUGGAACGGAAAAAUCUCUAUAGUCAUCUUACAGGACGAACACGUUUUAUUACGCGAUGUGGGUUGAAACAACGUGUCUGUGCAUUGCCGUGACGUCGUUGCUGACAGAAUUCAGAAAAGGAAGAUUGACAUUCAGGGCAUGGUUGCCAUUCGACUAUUCCUCAUCGUCACUAUUUCGUAUUGUAUACGCGCAUCAAUUGAUAAGUCUGACAGCUGGGUCUGUUCUCCAUGUUGCCUGCGAUGGUCUGAUAUGUGGACUACUGGUGCACGUUUGCUGUCAGAUAGAAAUAAUUGAAUGCCGUUUACGAAAAGUUGCACACGAUCGGAAUAUUCUUCGCGAAUCCAUCCUGCAACACAAUCAUGUAUUCAAAUUUGCUCGUUUGGUGAAUGAAAAAUUUAAAUUGACUAUCGUCAUACAGUUUAUUGUGAGUACAUUGGUAGUAUGUGUCAAUCUUUAUCAAUUUACCAAGUCAACCGCGUUAAGAACACAAUACAUGCAAUUAAUAAUGUACAUGGGCUGCAUGGUAUCACAAAUCUUUUUUUAUUGCUGGUAUGGCAACGAAGUUAAGCUGAAGGCUAUGAAUUAUUAAAUAUAGAGUUGUCAACUGGUUAAUAGCAUAUUUAAAAUAGAGUGGUUUGGAUUGAACAAACAUAAUAAACAAUCUUUGUUAAU